AUGAAAUUUCUCAAAUGUCCAUCCAAUUACUUCCCCCAAUCAGGAACUUUCCAAAGACAAACGACGAUGUUGAGAAUACAGAGCAUAGCCAGCAAGAUUCCUAGAAGAUGCUAUUCAAUAAAAGUACCAAAAAUAGAAGGAAAUCCUCCUCAUAUAGCAAUCACCAAUAGCAGCAACCCACCGCAAAAACCUCGUCUUUCUCAAUUUAGAACAGCUGCUAUACAUGUACUUAUAAUAGCAGGUACAGUAUAUUGUGCACUUCAUUUACAAUGGUAUAAAUUGGAAUAUGCGGAAUUGGAACCAAAAUUAGUUGACCGUGCUAAAGAAUUGGAAACAACGAUUCAAGAAUUGGUGGAUGAGAAGAAGGCAAUUUUGAUACCUAAUGAGAAAAAGAAUGGAUGGUUUAGUUGGUUGGGAGGGAACUAA